AUGUCAGCGCGCGAGCUCCUCCCCGACGUCGUCGGCGCGCUCCACAAGAGGGCGCGCCGUUCGUGGUCGAACCGCCUCAACCAGUCCAAAGCCAAAGCACAGGAACCACGCGCGUCACCAGAUAGCGCGGUCUCCCUCUCAAAUGACACCCAUCUCGCUCCGAAUCCAGCCACUGGUGGUGAUGUAAUACACGCCAACAGCCAAGGCCACCAGGAGAACCAAAGCGCGUGUAAAUCACAAGUGGUGACACGACCUCUCUUGCCUGAGCACGAGGAGAGCAUCGACAGCUUUACCCAGAUCGCUGUACCUGGACCAGUGCAGUCUGCCCAACGUGGGGGCAACGAUAUUCACAAUCCUUCCACGGAAACACACCAAGCUUCAUCAUCACCACAAGUACAGCUUGCACCAGAACAUCCCGCCGCCAGCUUCGACUACUUCCACCACAUCUUCCCACCACUCCCAGCACACUCACCAGACCUCCCAGCCAGCAAUGACACAAAUAAUGAAGACACCAAACUGCCCAGACCAAUUCUCAUCCCCCGCGUCACCCCCGGACCCCACGCCCCUUUCGCGCGGUGCUUCCCACCAUCGCUCCUCACGGCCCUGCCGGCGCACCGCCAGGUCCCAAAGUCCGACUUCCUCGCCUUCAUCGACGCCCUGAACCUCGUGGUCCGCCCCCACCCCCUGAUCACCACGACCGAGUUCCUCGCCAUGGUCGUGGGGUCCGUCCCUUUCGACGUCGCCGAGGCCGUGGGCACCGCGGUCGAGCUCGCCGCGGUGGGCGCGCACGUGGCGUUCACGUACAAGGCCACCGGGAGGUUCUUUGCCGUGAUGAACGAGCGGUACUUCCAUCCUAGGGGCCUGCACGUCAAGAUGAUCAAGACCAAGAGGCUGAGGAAGGAGUUUGGCCUGGACAAGAAGCGCGACUUGGAGGAGGAAGAGGAGGGGGAGGUGAUGUUGAUAGACGAAGGGCAGCAGCAGCAGCAGCAGGAGCAACGACAGCAACAGGACGAACAGCACCAAAGCCCAGCCACGACCACAACGACAGACCAGAAGCAAAAGAAGAAGGAGGAGAAGAAGAACAAGAAGAAACCCAAGAAGAAACUUCAACCUCUGGCCCUCCCUCUCACUGCAGACACUCUCGAAUUAAGCUGCCAGGAGCGAUGCCUCGCAUUCCUCGAGACCAAGUGCUACGCGGCACGGCUCGAGUUUGACAACUUGCCUCCGCCAGCGACGUUCACUCUGCCGCCCCCAUCCCAAUCCCAAGACCAAUCACAAUCCCAGCCCCAGACCCUCUCUUCCACGCACGACCAAGACGACAAGACACCACCACGCACAGAGCCGCAGACGGCGCCACUGCCGACGUCCGCCCCUUCCACCUCUUCACCAAAACCCCCCAUGUUCCAGCGCCUAGCCGCCUGGCGGGUCAAACACAUCCUGCUCAAGUCCGAGAAGGAAGCCAAGCGCCAGCGGCGGCGGGCGUGGAAGCGGCACCACGAGAAAGGCAAACCCUUGCGCGAGCCCUGGGGCGAGAGGCAGCGCGUGGGCCAGCUCGACUGGGUGUUUGUCCAGAAUCUGGACGAGUGGGAGGCCCAGCGCGGCGCCAAGGCGGCGAGGAAGCAGGAGGCCGCGGAGGAGAAGAGGAGGAAGAGAGACGCAAGGAUGGAGAAUUUGGGUCUGCGGAGGGUGCGGACGGAGAGGACUGUGCGGUAG